UUGUGUGUUGUCCACCCGCUAAUAACGCCAAAGAGGAUUAUUGUUUGGCGCCUUUCGAGGCCCGGUCGGUUUUUGUAUUUAAUAUUAUUAUAAAUCAGCGAACUUAAAGUUCGCUUUUAGGUUUAAAUAUGGGUGAUAAAGGCGAUGGAGAAACAUUUGAUGAUGCAGUGGAAGAAAGGGUUAUUAACGAAGAAUAUAAAAUAUGGAAAAAGAAUACACCGUUUCUAUACGACUUGGUCAUGACACACGCUCUUGAAUGGCCCUCGCUUACUGCUCAGUGGCUUCCAGAUGUGACUCGACCUGAAGGAAAGGAUUAUUCUGUACACAGAUUAAUUUUGGGUACACACACAUCAGAUGAACAAAAUCACUUACUGAUUGCCAGUGUUCAGCUUCCAAAUGAAGAUGCUCAAUUUGAUGCAAGUCAUUAUGAUAAUGACAAGGGUGAAUUUGGUGGUUUUGGUUCAGUGUCUGGUAAAAUAGACAUUGAAAUUAAAAUAAACCAUGAAGGUGAAGUCAAUCGAGCUCGCUACAUGCCACAAAAUCCUUGUGUGAUUGCCACAAAGACCCCAUCGUCAGAUGUUCUUGUAUUUGAUUAUACUAAACACCCCUCAAAGCCUGAACCCUCUGGGGAAUGUCACCCAGAUCUGAGGUUGCGAGGCCACCAAAAAGAAGGUUAUGGACUCUCAUGGAAUCCAAAUUUGAAUGGAUAUCUUCUAUCUGCUAGUGAUGAUCACACAAUCUGCCUCUGGGACAUCAACGCUACUCCUAAAGAAGGUCGGGUGAUAGAAGCGAAGUCAGUGUUCACCGGACACACGGCGGUGGUGGAGGAUGUCGCGUGGCACCUCCUUCACGAGUCCCUGUUCGGGUCUGUCGCUGACGACCAGAAAUUAAUGAUAUGGGACACACGGUUAGUGUGUAACAAUACAUCUAAACCAUCUCACACAGUAGACGCGCACACCGCAGAAGUGAACUGUCUCAGCUUUAAUCCCUACUCUGAGUUCAUAUUGGCCACUGGCAGUGCUGACAAGACAGUUGCAUUGUGGGAUCUCCGCAAUCUAAAAUUAAAACUGCACUCAUUUGAAUCACACAAAGAUGAAAUAUUCCAAGUGCAAUGGUCUCCGCACAACGAGACUAUUCUUGCGAGCAGUGGUACUGAUAGGAGACUUCACGUGUGGGACUUAUCCAAGAUUGGUGAAGAGCAAACAGCUGAAGAUGCUGAGGACGGUCCACCGGAGCUGCUGUUCAUCCACGGAGGCCACACCGCCAAGAUCUCUGAUUUCUCCUGGAACCCCAAUGAGCCAUGGGUCAUUUGCUCAGUCUCUGAGGAUAAUAUUAUGCAGGUGUGGCAAAUGGCUGAGAACAUUUACAACGACGAAGAACCAGAGACACCGGCUUCGGAACUCGAGUCUGGAGUCAACGUGAACCACGGCUAACUACUCAGCCUACUGCCCAUAUAAUGAUGUCUACAUUUCUUACAAACUGUAAAAUUACAUUCACACUUGUUCGAUACACUAUUGGUAAAUAAAUUAUUGUAUAAAUAAAUGUAAAAUUUUAAAUUAUAAAACUGUUGUGCAUUCAGAAUAUAUUCAUGGCGUCUGGUUCUCAAAUCGCGUUCGAGCACAAAGUAUUUUGUCUAUUUGCAUUUAAAAUGCAAGCCGGUAUUGAUAUUAGGAUUUUGUUUUCUAUGUUAAAUUCAGUAUUUUAAUAUCCUUAAGUUGGAUUCCAUUGUGUAAUUUAGAAGUUAGAAAAUACUAACAAUUUCGUAAACUAUUAUAUUUAAUCUACAUUACUAUAUUUUGGUGAACAUUCUGAAGUUUAUAAAUUUUUAUUGCAUUUUGAAAGUGAAAAAUAGCCAUAAACAUAAGCUGUGCUUUGAACUUUUUAUCUCAAACCUUGUCAAAGGCAAUAUCAAUUUAUUUUUAUUUACUAGAGCAUGUUUAAUAUUGUUUUGUUCCUUUUCCUUGUAACAUCAGUUUUAGUUUAGAUAACGUAUAACAAUUACAAGGCUUAUCAUACUAAUGAAUUUUGAAUGAAUAAAAUGAUCUCUCGACUAAUUUAUUUCUAAGAAUUGUCUUCGGGAUGGGUCCUUACUUGAGGAUAUAUUGGAAAAUUUAAAAGCCAACGUCAAUUCGCCUUACAAGUUUAUUUGCGCUGGAAUCUCGUUUUAAGUUCGGUUUUUUCUUGCAAGUGGUAGUGCAAACAUUAUGUUACAUAAAGGUUUCACAAUUGAAGUUACGGCUAUAUUUGGGCCUACAUUUAACAUUUUAUCGGAUAAGUAGAAUUUUUAAGGUAACAAUAUGUGUCGUAAGGGUUCAGCAUGCAGUCAUAGUUGAAGAUUCCAUUUUAAUUUAUUAAGUUAUUGUAAGUCACACCGAUGUUAUUUACAAAUACCGUCACAUUUAUACUGGUGGCGCGACUGACCGAUUCUUUUUAAUGUUAAUGCAGUAAUUGAACAUAAUUUUAGGUUCUGCUAAUAAUGAUACGAAAUAAAAUUACGAUGAUAAUAA